ACACACACACACACACACACACACUCUCUGAGAUCUCUCCAUUAGUUAACGUAGAGGACACGAGCAUGUGUGUGUAGUUCAGGCCUGUGUGUAAUGUGUGUAAUAACAAGAGUGUAAAUUGUAAUUUCCCCUUGUGGAAUUAAUAAUGUACACAUUAUUAUUAUUAUUAUUUAUUAUUACAGUCCAAAUGUUGUGGUGGCAUCUGGACUGGAAACCAAGAUGAACAUAAAUGAAGAGUGUUGUGCAGAAACCAUACGUCAACUUUAAAACUUUACUAAAAACUUUUUAUUUUUGCAUAUUUUUCUGCAGGUUUCUCCAUCUGAAGAGUUCCACGGUUAAAGUGCUAAAUGUUUAGAUUACUCUCCACGGCUCAGGGGCCAUUUGUUGCCAAAUGACUUUAGUUAAUCAGAUGAAGAAUCAGGGUAUUAAAAGAGGAGGGUGUCCGGCGGGGGGGACAGGGCAGCCGAGGAAAAGGAGCCGUGGCUUUUCUUAGAAAAUAGCUUACGCUGGAACGUCACAAGGUCCCACUCUGCCGGUAUAAAACCCACACGGUGACAUGUUACCACCACUCAAAGUCUUUCCCAGGCUCGGUACCAGAGGGUCUGCAGACACCGGGAGGUGAAGAAGAGUCAUGAUGGCCUCCAGGACUCUGCUGUCCAAGCAAACGCUGGCGCUUCUGUCUCGCCAGCCCGCCUGCUUCCUGCACCACGGGGACUACGGCAACUGGGGGAAUACCAAUAUCGCAGUGGUUUUCUCCGGAUGCGGCUGGUGGGACGGGACGGACGUCCACGAGGGAGUUUACACCAUGUACCACCUGAGCCGCAACGGCGCUCGCUUCCAGAUGUUUGCUCCAAACCAGCAGCAGAUGCACGUGGUGGACCACAUGAGGAAGCAGCCCGGCUCCGGGGAGAACCGGAACAUGAUGAUGGAGGCGGCUCGCUUCAGCCACGGCCAGGGCGUGACGCAGAUGCAGGACCUGUCCAAGCUCGACGCCAACAGCUUCGACGCCGUCAUCUUCCCCGGAGGCCACGGCGUCGCCAAGAACCUAUCUUCUUUUGUGAAGGACGGCAAAGACUUGAAGCUGCACAGCGACGUGGAGCGGGUUCUCAAAGACUUCCACCGCUCACGCAAGCCCAUCGGACUGGCCAGCAUGGCGCCGAUGCUGGCGUGCCGCGUGCUGCCCAGCAUCGAGGUAACCAUGGGAUACGAGAAGGACAACAACACCCGCUGGGGCAACUGGCCGAACACGUCCAUGGUGCAGGCGGUGAAGAGCACGGGCGCUCGCCACCACGUCCGCGAGCCAUAC